AUGCAGAUGGUGACAAUCUACGCAAAAAAAGGAUUUAUUGGCAAUACCUCUUGCAUCACCUGUGGAGAAGAAGAAACGCUGGAGCAUCUUCUCUUCCGUUAUAAUAAGGCGCUUGAAGUCUGGAAGCUCUGCCCCUGGUCAAUCACCUUCAACCCAGCAACAUGUUCUUCCUUCAGAGAGUCUCUUCAAUCAUCUUUUGCUAAAGUGAACCUCCCACCAACGAGAACUUCCUCCAACCUGUUCCCUUGGAUCUGCUGGAGCUUAUGGACUAGCCGCAAUCAGCUACUCUUCGACAAUAGACAAGCCUCACCAGCAGAGAUCCUCACCAAAUCUAUCAACUUAUUGAAGGAAUGGGAAGCAACACAAGGGCUAUCACCAACUCUCCCCGCUAGCACCGCGAAGCAGAACCCAAUCCAGAUCAAUUCUACAGCGGUGAUUCUCUGUAACACGGAUGCGGCAUGGAACAAAGACUCUAAAUCUGCGGGGCUAGCUUGGAUCUUCACAGAUCAAACGGGUAAAGAACUCAAUCGAGGAUGCCUCUACCAGGAUCAUGUCUCCUCCCCGGCUAAUGGCGGAAUCCCUAGCGGUUAG